CUGCGAUAAUUUUAAUAAACCUUGUAUACUUUUAAACAAUACAGAAGCAUUUGAAGUAAAAACUUAUAUUCAUAUAGCUUAAAAUCUUUUCAAACAGUAUAAACUUUAAAAAAAAUUGAACAGAAAAUGAUUUACGCCUAUAUUUCACUUUGUGCACUCAUUGCACAAUUCACCACUACGAAUCAGUUUAAAUCAUCUUCUGAACGAUGUCUGGAAAUGGGAAAGGAAUUCACUCAUGUUUAUGUUUACGGAUGCCUUUUUACUUGUACAAGAGAAAAGGAUGUUCCUGAAGGAAAUGGCAGUGGAACUUCAAAAAAUAGUGAUGAUUAUAGCGAUAGGAGUAUUUACUUUACUGAAAAUGGUUCGCCUUGCACUUAUACUGGAUACUGUCAAGAAGGAUUCUGCCUAAAUGACACGUCUUCAAGCACUAGUGCCAGCGACACUAUCGAGACUACUACUAUGAACACUUAUACAAACACUACAAAGUUAAAAUCAGCUUCUGAACGAUGUCAGAAAAUGGGAAUGGAAUUCACUGACGAUACUAUCCAUGAAUGCACUUUUACUUGUACAAGAAAAAAGGAUGUUCCUGAAGGAAAAGGCAGUGGAACUUUGGAAAAUAUUAAUGAUUAUGGUGAUACGGAUAUUUACUUUGCUGAAAAUGGUUUGCCUUGCACUAGUACUGGAUACUGCAAUGAAGGAUUCUGCCUAAAUCUUACGACUUUAAGCAUUGCCUGACAAACACUAGUGCUAGCAACACUAUUGCUUAUACUAUAAAUACUAAUACAACUACUAAAAAAAUUUGAAAUUGAAUUUAAAAAAAAUGUUUCACUAAUAUGAUUAUAAAAAGUUGGUACAUUUUUGAAACGGACUUUACGGACUAAUGUAUAUACGUUUAUCAUUCAAUAAAUGCUGUUUUACUGAAA